GCCGCAGGAUGGAGAGGUCGUGGAGAGGCGCUUGAAACGAUUCAGACAGAAAGGAUGCAUCAUAAAUGAAAUGACAGAUUCGCCUGCUAAACACCGCUCUGAGGAAACUUUGAAGUCUUAAAGAGGCAGUCGCUAAAACAAGGAGAGACAGACUGCCAGGAGAAGAGAGCAUUUUCUAAAGAGCCUCAAGCAUUUGUUGUUGCUACCACACAAAUGUGGCACCCCCAACGCACUGUCAUCAAAUAAUCUGGACAGCAAAAUAAAGACAGCAGACACGAUACAGAGAACUCUGCAGCUAUGUCUGAUCAUAAAGACAUGACACACCGCCACCUGCGGCACAAGCUACAGAGUCUUGGACGACGUCUGGAUGAACUGGAAGAAGCAACCAACAAGCUGCAGAAGUCGGAGGAUGAGCUGCUUGACCUGCAGGAUAAAAUCAUCCAGGCAGAAGGCAGCAACUCAUCACUGCUUGGGGAUGUUGAGGGCCUGAGGAAACGUCUCCUGAAGAUCCAGGGUAAAGAUGAGGAGGUACGCAAGGCAGAGGACCUGUGCCGCACAGUCAGGGAGAAACUGGAAGAGGAGGAAAGUCUUACCAAGGAGCUCAAGGCAGAGAUCGAACGCCUUCAACGGCGAAUGGCUGACCUGGAGAAACUGGAAGAAGCCUUUGGGAAAAGCAAGUCUGACUGCAGCCAGCUCUGCCUCAGUCUCAAUGAGGAGAAGAACUUGACCAAGAAACUCUCAUCCGAGUUGGACACGCUCAAAGCACGUCUCAAGGAGGUGGAGGGGUCCGAGACGAAACUGGACAGAGCAGAGCAGGCUUUGGCUAUGGAGUUUGAGAAACUCAAGAGCUUCACCCAAACGUUUGUCAGUGAGCGUAAGAGACUACUAGAGAAGCAAAGAGAGGAUGAGAAGACAAUCCUAAAGCUGACAGAAAAACUGGACCACCAAAAGAAUCGCCUUGGCAUGUCGACAGAUCCCGGCCGUGCCGAUUUCAUGAGGUCAAGAAUUGAAGAUGAGCUGUCCUCCACAGUUCUCCUCACUGGUAAACUGGCCGGAGGCAAAAAGAGCCUUGACUACUUAAAGCUGUCUGAGGACAAAAUUGGUAUUGUGAACAAAUCUGAGAAUGAGAAGAACAGCAGUCUCGAGGGAUCACAAGAGGAGGACAACAAAGUGAAAGAGCUGACCCAGGAAGUAGAGAAGCUGAAGAAUCGUCUUAAACAGUUGGAGAUUGUGGAGGAGGAUCUGAAGAAUUCUGAGUCCAAAAAUGAUGAACUUCACGAAAAGUUUCAGAUGGAACGAAACCGAGCUCGCCAGCUGAGCGAGGAGGUGGAACAGCUCAGGACCCAGCUGUGUGGAAAAGGUGGAAUAGGAGGGAAUGGGAUUGGUAACAUCGAUAAACAUGGCAAUGGUGGUGUCGGCCUUAAUCCCAGCAGUCCCGCGAAGGUCUUGGAGAACGGCAAAGCUGACAAUGAAGAGAUUAUUGUGAAAGGAUUUAGACAAGAGAAGCCUAAAUACAGAACUGCUGCAGGUGAUUCAGAAUCAAGUUCGCCCAGAUACAGAAACAGGGAGUUGUCUCCUCAGCAUAAGAGAGAAACCAAACUAAGAAGCAAAGAGCUUAGCCAGUCGGAAGAGAGCUCCCCGAAGACUGUAAGGAGAGCCCUCAGUCCUGCUCACAAGAACAGGCGUAUACCCAAAACCCAGACUGCCAUAAAUUCAUCUGAUAACGGAUUACGAGACACAAGAGGAACAGAGGAAAAGACUAAAGCAGCCACAUACAGCUCUGUAAGCACAGCCGCAAGUGAUGCUAAAAAAGUGUCUGUUCUCAGUCGCUAUCCUCCUGCGGCGAACGACCAGAAGCCAUUGAGAACUACUCAUAAGCAAAUGGAUGCGAAGAAGAGCAGAGAAAAGUUCUCAAAACUGUAUGUAGGUAGUGACAGUGAAUCAAACAACUCUGAUGUAGUACCUGACAGCAGCAGCACCGUGAACAGCACCUCUGCACUAGAGAAGGAAACGACCUCUGCUUCAGAUCACGAGUCGAUCGACCCAGUUCAGGAUUCUGUCUCCGUGUCUGUAGCUCCAACUCUGUCCAAAGCAAAUGGAUCAUACAGGUCUCAAAUCACUCCACUGCUCCCCAGUGAUCAAGGCUCAGAGGGUCAUUCAUCUGCCUCUGAAACAGAAUCUACUGGUUCCAGACCCUCUGAACCAGACCCUGUCACUGAGACCGCUAGUGCGCCUGUAACCACUAGAACUGCAGCCUCUCGCUAUGCGAGAUACCCUCAUGUCCAUGACUCGCACUCGGAGGGAUCCUCCUCCAGGAGCUCGUUUGAUGAGGAGCUGCAAGGCAGGACGCAUUCAGCCGAGGGGUCUGUGCAUACCCCAUCGGGGAUUGAGAUCCAGCGAGUGUGCAGCCCACGAGAGGCACUGAGGUCCAGAGCUGUAAUCAAACCUGCCAUUGUGGAGAUUGACAGGAAAGAAGUAAUGAUUUCAGAUCCCGUGUCAACAAAUGGCAAGCCCAAGAUCUCCACCAAACCAGUUCUGACCAGCACGAAUAAAAUGACGAGCAGUAUAACCAUCUACCCCAACGACCCGAGCUCUUCCAGAACCAGCAGUCGCAGCAGCAGCGUAUCUAGUGAGCCUGCACCUGUCAGAGAACGCCACACAUCCACCAGUAACAUCCUCAUAGGACCCAGCAGUGAUCACCAUGGCAGUAUUUCCAUCCCAUAUGAGAUUUCCAUACCCAAGAGUGAGAUCACCUUACGGCCGUGCCAGGACCAGGACUAUGGAGCAGACAACCACAGUGACUCUUCAUUCAGGUCCAAAGUCCAUAACACCUCUCGGGUGGAGACCACUACCACCCACCUGUGCAACCAGCGCAGCAACUUCAGUCUCCAGUCCUCGGACGUGUCCUCCGCAGACUUCAAUGACACGGAAUCGGGUUUUGAGAGCAGCAGCAGUAGCACAACCACAGUCACCAGCUGGAGAAGCCAGAGGCCAAGCCAGGCCUCCCUGGAAGACAGUUUACCAGACAUGAAGAAUGUGACUGUGAGGAGUACUUGGAAGAACCGAGGUGCGCUGUCGGCGGAUGAGGCAGGUCAAGGAAGAGGGGUUACAAGGGCAGUGAUGGACGGUGUUGGGUCUGAAGAUGAGGCAGAAGCUGGAAAUACAUGGAGGGCUUACCGGGCCACGACCAUUGACACUGAAGAAAGUGUAAUCGGCGGAACGGGGGCUGCUGGGAAUGCUGCCAUGCAGAAGGGAGCCAAACAGACCCCGGCAGAGGUGUACAUGCGCAAGAUCAACAGUGGGGCUACAGUCACUAAAGAAGUGGAGGAGCCAGGGAUUCGCAGAGGGAAGCACUCUCAGUCCCCCACUGUGGAAUCGGGAGGUGUAGGAAGGACCAUACCUCAUGCACCUGUCACCUCUCAGUCCUGGGGCCGAACAUACUCACAAACACCACAGGCUGCUGAUAACUCUGAGCCGAGUCCAAACCCAAGCCACAGCCCAGCGCUAUGGAGGAGGCAUUUACCCAACAGCGACGCUCACAGCCAGCCGAGCGCCUUCGACCGCUUGUCCAAGGCGGCGGGGACGCCGAACCGAGGGCCAGAGCCUUGGUCCAGUCGGGCGCCGGGGUCGGGGGCCAAAGUGGAGGGGAGGAGUGGCGCCGGGGGAAGGCUGUGGAGCCACCGUCAGUCUGAGCAUCACUAGACCCGCCGCGCCUCAGCAGGACUCCUACAGAAAGACGACAGCACUCCAUUAAGCUCUCAACGGCACAGUGAGGGCCAAAACGCCAGUCUCCCAUGUACCAGUGGCUCCGGACAUCGCCGCCGCCAUCCCCGACAGACAUCUGCAGCUUCUGCAACAGAACAACGGACGACAAACCCGACCCCGACUCAUGAACGCCUCGUCCCAUCACAAACCUAACAGUGUGAAUGAGCAGCUCGUGCCUGUGCAGCGCUUCGGAGGUCACCUCACCAGCCCCUGUAUCCUCUUCUGCUCCUUGCGUUGGAUGUAUUAUAGUGUAAUCCUCGAAACUUGACAAGGGAGAGGCUGGCAUGCUGGAGAGGGCUGGAGAUUUCCCCGUGUGCCAGAGAGGGUUUACAGAGCGUUAGAGGAAGAAAGACUCAGGACAGUGAGAAUGCCUUUCCCGUUACAGUAUCCUCAGUCGACCUGGAUGUGUUCUUUUUUUUUUUUUUUUUCUUUUCUUUUCAUCAUCUCCCAGAAAACCAGCGAUGCGUCUUUGUGUCACAGAGCUGAACGUUCAUGUCGAAGUCCUCACACACCAAACGAUCCCAACUUCUGAUGCGACCAAAAAACAGGAAGCGAAUUACCCCUCCUUUCAUCCACGCUGUCCUCCUAAAUCAUGUAUCUUUGGAGGGCCGGUUAUUUUUCUGGUUAUUUUACUUUGAUAUAGUCACAGAUGCAACCACAGAACAACAAGAAAACAUGCACGCGUUUAACUUAAGGUUUGUUUUUCAGCCGUGCCACCACUUUCUGGCAUGCGGUGACCUCAGGCUGGAUCUAAUUUGGGGUCUUUGGAGGCUGAGCGAACAUUUGCAUGUUUCUAAGUAAUAAAUGAAGAGCGCUUUGAUUGUAACUCGGCAUGCACUCUGCUUAAACGAUUGCUGGUUGGCCACAUUUUCAAAUGUACACAUACACACCAACAUUAUUUCCGACAUACUUUGAUGACUUUUUCUUAUUUUGAUUUAUUGUAGUUCGCUUCCUGUUCUGCGUCGUCCUUUCCCUUUCCUCUCAACCAUAUCGAGUGAAAA